AUGAAGUCAUUAUCAAUUCUUGCGGGCUCCCUGGCGGCUGCCUCGCAACUGUUUGGCUCCGGAAUUGCCCUCACGCCAGACCGCGUUCAUCUCGCCGCCCACAAAGUGGUUCGUCAGGACGCGAAUCCUACUCAGAUGCCUAUCGAGGACCCCAAAACCAAUGUCAUUACUUCCCAAGGAUGCUUCUCGUCGACCGGCAAUAUGACCUUAAUGAAGAUGGACCCGAGCAAGGUUUCGACUGGUGAAUGCCGGUCGGCCUGCGAAGACGACUAUCUAGCGUUCGGCGUGACAGCUUACCCUUUCGAGGUCUGUGGCGGUAUCAAGAAGCCUGGAUAUGUAUCAGUUUUCAACCUCGGCAAGCAGCUGACCCUGGACAACUACAUACCCGAGGACAAGGACGACGACAAGGACGAUGAUAAGGACGACGAUAAGGACGACGACAAGGACGAUGACAAGUCCAAGUCCACUUCCUCGACUACUGCCGCCGCCGCCUCCACGGCUACCUCCGGUCCUAAGGAGAGCGCAUCUCAAACCGAAGAACCCCAAAAUGAGGACAGCGACGACGGCGGUCCCAGCGUUGCUGGCAUUGUGGCCGGCUCUGUUGUUGGGGUCCUUGCCAUUGCCGGUGGAGCCUUGGGUGUGUGGUUCUUCAUGCGGCGCCGACGCAACACUGAGAUUGAAGAAGAGCAUCGUCGUAACGCAGCCGUCAAUGCCUUCAUCAGUGGCUCCAAGCCGCCUGGUAGCAGCGGAAGCAUUUCCAUGACUGAUUCGCGCCUGGAACCUGGCUUGGCUCACCGUCGACUCAGUGAUGGCAGCAUUGCCGACAACGAGGACUAUUCCCGCAAAAUUCUCAGGGGGAAAGCUGGCGAGGUCUUCGAAGAUCUCUUUAAAUUUAGUCUCUUUAACUCUGUUCUCUUCUGCGGUCACGAAGAGGAGACGCUUCGCAUGCAUAGUUUCGCCCGUCGCAUCAAUGACAUCCAGACAUACCCGUACCGAUCGCCUCAAGGCGCCACGAUCCUCAUUCAUUGCCACGACAGUGGUGUGACAAUCACGUGGCGAGGUGGCCGGAUGUUCAAGCAAAAACCAAAGGUUGCGAAGAAGGAGAGGACGAACGGAACAGUCGAUGACUCAGUCAUGGUGAUCGAUUCCGAUGACGAAGCACCGCCUUCAAAAGGAGUCGCCAAGUUCGAGGACAAACCGGAGUUUGAGGAGGAAGAUGUAGACGAAACACCACAUUCGGAAACAGUCCAGACGCUUGAUUUGACGCUUGGAACAGCUGUACAGAAUAUCGCAGUCAUGCCUGUCACACCAGGCUCAGGCCUCGAGGACAAGGUUCCCAUCCUUCGGCACAAGCUGGUUUUUACAGCUUCCACAGUCACAAACGAUGUGUAUCUGGUCACACUUCCUCUCACACCACCCUCCCCAGAGUCAAAAGCGAGGCCGGAGCUGAAGAAGGAUCUACUGGCGGGCAAGGCGGGCUCAGGCGUCUGGGGGGAGACGCUUGUGUUGUUGCGAGGCAACACGCGGCUGAGCGAUGGGCUUGCAAUUGGGCUCUACAUGCCAGAGACCGACGAUUCUGGCAAGCAGGCGAGGGCGGUGGUGGCAGCCCAUUCAAGAGAGGCCUCGGGCGUCUUGCGGUUGUGGGAAAUACCUCUCGAUCCGAAAUCCAAGAUGGAGCGACAUGUCGAGCCUUUCCAGACUGAAUUCCUACCAGCACCACUGACCGGGAUCUCUUUCAAUCCUACACACCGCUCGCAGCUGCUCACAGUGACGGCGUCACAGGGUGCUCGCGUCUAUGAUUUUGCGCGGUCGUCGCUGCCUGCGGAUCCAGACGCAACGGGUAUCUUCCCCACGCAGGAUGGCAUGUGGGGGAUUUGGGACAUUGACAGCGUUGGCGCUACGUCCUCUGGCUCGCUCCUGUCAAAGGCCAGUCCUGGUAUCAGGGGCGCCGCACUCACUGCCUUUAGUGUGUCUGGUUACAUUGACGGUACUAGUCUGCUGCGCAGUACGGGAGCACACCACACGGCGAGAGACUCGCAGAGCGGAGAAUUUGCGCCUAUGACACCGCAUACAAGAAAGCAAACGACCGCCAACAUCCAUUCGCCAGCCACGGCCGACCGGUUUGCGACAGUCCACGGUGGUAUCAAGGUCGCAUCAUUACCGUCGACCGAGAAAGCUCUGCCUGAUGAGAGCCUAGCUUUCUGGAUCGGCAGCCAAGAGCAUGUCUGCCUCAUCUCGGGCGUGUCCAAGUUUUGGGAAUCUCAAGUCAAGAAGGCGGCGGGUGCAGGCAAUGGCUCUGCCCUUUUCAACGGACCACAACCUGUCAAAAUGUCAAAACUGCAAGAUCUUUCCACUGGGCUUCUAGGGGAACGCUGCUGUGGCAUCGAUCUCAUCACGUCAGCAUCUGCGUCGCAACCUGAAGUCCUCCUCCGCGGUGAGACUCGCAUCGUCUUCGUCCACGAGACCGCCAAUGCCGGUAAAAAGCCCCUCACGACGAAACGCCGUCUAUUCUCCGCCGGCCACAAGUCCAGUGCCAUCAUUGUACACGGUGGCAAUACCAACCGAACCCCAAGCGCUUCGUUCAACCUCAGCACCGUCAAGCCUGGCACGCUCCGCCAGCGUCCUACGAUUCUCGACAAGAAAGACCACAGCAAGACCGCCGACUCGCUCUUCGCCCCACGACAGAACCUCGGGUUCGGGUUUGGGAGUACCCUCAACAAGGCGGCUGAUUAUGAGGACGGCGACGCGGACAUGCUAGACAUUACGGGCAUCGACCAGGCCCUGGACGGGUUGAACGGACGAACGGGCGGACGGAAGAGAGUGCUUUUUGAGGAGGACUAA